AUGGUGGACACUAGCUUAAGCAAGGAGGAUGCUAUAGAGGAGAAUGAUUUUGAAACUUGUACUCAUACGAGACAACUUUGUGACAAUGGCAUAAAAAUUGGAGUUUCUAUAAGCAAAACAUUUUCAAACUUCAAUUUCUUGACUGUACUUAACCUUAGUUAUACCAAUCUAGAGAAUGAAGGUACUAUAGCUCUAGUAAACGCUCUCAAGAACUCUGCUCCAUCUCUUGGAGUUAUAGAAAUGGCUGGAAAUAACAUAACACAUGACGCGGCUUCAGCUAUCGCAGCUUGUUUGGCAACAAAGCGACAUCUGAAGAAGUUGAACUUGUCUAAGAAUGAUCUGCAAGAUGAGGGAUGUGUUGAGAUUGUAAAGAUUAUGAAAGAUUUGGAGUUAGAAUAUGUUGAUAUGAGCUACAAUGACUUGAGAAGAGGAGCAUUGGGAUUGGCUCAUGUUGUUGUCAAGAAAGAAAGUUUCAAGAUGUUGAACAUUGAUGGGAAUGUGAUCUCAGUUAAAGGCAUUGAUGAAGUUAAAGAGAUAUUCAAGAAUUGUCCUCAGUUACUUGGACCUUUGGAUGAGAAUAUUCCUGAUGGAGAAGAAAAUGAGGAUCAUGAAGAGCAGAACCUUGAAGAUUUUGAAGAUGAAUUUGUGAGUGUAUUUAUCUUUUAUUAG